ACUUCCGGGUCAAAGGGGCUUGAGCCGGCGGCUCCCCCGUGUCCGCCACCGGCUGUCCCCCGCUCCUGCCAUUUCCGGGCUGCAGUCAUGGGCAUGGAUCCUCGAGCAUAAAGUGCCGCCGGCCCCCAGGACGCCCUGCCCAGUCUGGCAUCCGCGCCCCGGUGUUUGUCCUCUGCCUUCGGCUGGAAUGGAGGCUCCUUGGACCCCUUAGAAGAGGAAGAGUUGUAUAGAAUCGUCCUCCAGGCCAGCAUUCUUGUCCAGGUGUCGUGAUGGGGUGACCAGGUGGCAACUCUGGAUCGAGGGCUCGGGAAAGACCUCUGAAGGGUGCUUUGGGGCCCGGAGGAUGAAAAGGAGGGAGUCUCACAGCCAGCUGGGAAGGGCGUCCGGCGGAGGGAGCGGCCAGUGCAAAAGCCGGGAGGCCCCUACCCUCCCGAGGCCCGCUGAGCGGUUAAUGCGGAAGCUCAAGAAGCUGCGGCUGGACAAGGAGAACACGGGCAGUUGGAGAAGCUUGUCACUGCAUCCUGAGGGAGAGAGGAUGUCGGUGGAGGCCCCACCGGCGGAGCGGGCCACUGUGGGUGACAUGGACGACCCAGCCUCCCGCUUCCAGGUGCCGAAGCACUCAUGGGAUGGGCUGCGGAGCAUCAUCCACGGCAGCCGCAAGUACUCGGGCCUCAUCGUCAACAAGGCCCCACAUGACUUCCAGUUCGUGCAGAAGACGGACGAAGCCGGCCCCCACUCCCACCGCCUGUACUACCUGGGGAUGCCUUAUGGAAGCCGGGAGAACUCGCUGCUCUACUCUGAGAUCCCCAAGAAGGUCCGCAAGGAGGCCCUGCUGCUACUGUCCUGGAAGCAGAUGCUGGACCAUUUCCAGGCCACCCCCCACCACGGGGUCUACUCCCGGGAGGAGGAGCUGCUGCGGGAGCGCAAGCGCCUGGGCGUCUUUGGCAUCACCUCCUACGACUUCCACAGCGCCAGUGGCCUUUUCCUGUUCCAGGCCAACAACAGCCUCUUCCACUGCCGUGACGGGGGCAAGAACGGCUUCAUGGUAACCCCCAUGAAGCCACUGGAGAUCAAGACCCAGUGCUCAGGGCCCCGGAUGGACCCCAAGAUCUGCCCCGCUGACCCUGCCUUCUUUUCCUUCAUCAACAACAGUGACGUGUGGGUGGCCAACAUUGAGACAGGCGAGGAGCGGCGCCUCACCUUCUGCCACAAGGGGUUACCCAAUGUCCUGGAUGACCCCAAGUCUGCGGGUGUGGCCACCUUCGUCAUCCAGGAGGAGUUUGACCGCUUCACCGGCUGCUGGUGGUGCCCCACGGCCUCCUGGGAAGGCUCCAAAGGCCUCAAGACACUGCGGAUCCUGUACGAGGAGGUAGAUGAGUCCGACGUGGAGGUCAUCCACGUCCCUUCCCCUGCGCUGGAGGAGCGGAAGACGGACUCCUACCGGUACCCCAGGACAGGCAGCAAGAAUCCCAAAAUCGCCUUGAAGUUGGCCGAGUUCCAGACCGACAGUGAGGGCAAGAUCGUGUCCUCCUUCGAGAAGGAGUUGGUGCAGCCCUUCCACAAGCUCUUCCCCAAGGUGGAGUACAUCGCCAGGGCUGGCUGGACGCACGACGGCAAGUACGCCUGGGCCACGUUCCUGGACCGGCCACAGCAGCGGCUCCAGCUCGUGCUCCUGCCCCCAGCCCUGUUCAUCCCGGCCCCUGAGAGCGAGGAGCAGCGGCUGGCCUUCGCCAGGACCGUCCCCAAGAGUGCCCAGCCACACGUGGUGUACGAGGAGGUCACCAGCGUCUGGGUCAAUGUCCACGACAUCUUCUACCCCUUCCCCCAGUCCGAGGGGUCUGAGGAGUUCUGCUUCCUCCGGGCCAACGAGUGUAAGACCGGCUUCUGCCACCUGUACAAAGUCACUGUCCUCCUGAGACCCAACAGCUACAACUGGACAGAACCCCUCAGCCCUGGGGAAGAUGAAUUUAAAUGCCCGAUCAAGGAGGAGACUGCGCUGACCAGUGGCGAAUGGGAGGUCCUGGCCAGGCACGGCUCCAAGAUCUGGGUCAACGAGGAGACGAAGCUGGUGUACUUCCAAGGGACGAAGGACACACCGCUGGAGCACCACCUCUAUGUGGUCAGCUAUGAGACAGCCGGCGAGAUCGUGCGCCUCACCACGCCUGGCUUCUCGCACAGUUGCUCCAUGAGCCAGAACUUCGACAUGUUCAUCAGCCACUAUAGCAGUGUGAGCACCCCGCCCUGCGUGCACGUGUACAAGCUCAGUGGCCCCGAUGAUGACCCCCUGCACAAGCAGCCACGCUUCUGGGCCAGCAUGAUGGAGGCAGCCAGCUGUCCCCCGGACUAUGUGCCCCCCGAGAUCUUCCACUUCCACACGCGGUCGGAUGUGCGGCUCUAUGGCAUGAUCUACAAGCCGCACACCCUGCAGCCGGGGAAGAAGCACCCCACAGUGCUGUUUGUGUAUGGGGGCCCCCAGGUGCAGCUCGUGAAUAACUCCUUCAAAGGCAUCAAGUACCUGCGGCUCAACACACUGGCGUCCCUGGGCUAUGCUGUGGUUGUGAUUGACGGCCGGGGAUCCUGUCAGCGGGGGCUCCGAUUUGAAGGAGCCCUGAAGAACCAAAUGGGCCAAGUGGAGAUCGAAGACCAGGUGGAGGGCUUGCAGUUCGUGGCCCAGAAGUACGGCUUCAUCGACCUGAGCCGCAUCGCCAUCCAUGGCUGGUCCUAUGGUGGCUUUCUGUCACUCAUGGGCCUCAUCCACAAGCCUGAGGUCUUCAAGGUGGCCAUCGCGGGCGCGCCGGUCACCGUGUGGAUGGCCUACGACACCGGGUACACGGAGCGCUACAUGGAUGUGCCCGAAAACAACCAGCAGGGCUACGAGGCGGGCUCUGUGGCCCUGCACGUGGAGAAGCUGCCCAACGAGCCCAACCGGCUGCUGAUCCUCCACGGCUUUCUGGAUGAAAACGUGCACUUUUUCCACACAAACUUCCUCGUCUCGCAGCUCAUCCGGGCCGGGAAACCUUACCAACUCCAGAUCUACCCCAACGAGAGACACAGUAUCCGAUGCCCCGAGUCAGGCGAGCACUACGAGGUCACGCUGCUGCACUUUCUCCAAGAAUACCUCUGAGCCGCCGGGCCUCACUCCAGAGCACAAAGCCCAGGGCCAGGCAGAGGCCCCCAGUGGCCCCACACACCCGCCUGGGCGCCUGUCCUGCCACCCGCCCCAGGACAGCCUUGAGGCCCAGGAGGAGCCACCUCACCGCUGCCUUUCCCGCCCUAACGCCUUCAAUCCUUUUUUUUUUUUUUUUUAAUUACUGCUCCUGGUUUGCUUUGCUUGCUGCUUCUUGGUUGCCAGGACAGAGACGGUGGCUGAUCCGCAGGUGACACUGCCUUGGGCCACCCAGCUCUUCGGCCAGAAGAGACUCCGAGGAGCCAGGCUGGGGAGUGAGGUGGGCACAGCCCUGGGUGCCCUCCACCCCGAUGGCCUGGGUCCCCUGUGCUGGCAGCCACCGUCCCCAGCACAGGAGCCUGGGAAUGCCUGUCCUCCCUCCCCGCCGCCACCCACUUCAUAUCUGCAUUCCCUCAAGGGGCAUUUUACAUAACUAAGAGACAGAAAGCAAGGGGUGCCUAGAUCUAGAAUCAGGGUGUGUGGCUGGGCAGUGGGGUGUCCACCCUCCACUGUGAGCCCUGCGUGUCCAAAGCCCAGACGGCAGAGUGGCCAGGGCCUGCUGGGGUUGACGCCUGUGGACGCAAGGAGCCCUCCUGCCCUUGCUCUCCCCUCCCCAGCUGUCCAGCCACACACGUCUGCCUGGCCCUGACACAGGGUCCCGGUGUUGGGAGUGGGAACUGCCCACCAUGGGGUCCUGGUCCCACUUCCUUCCCUUCCCCUCCAAGAGUUCAGGCAAAGAGCAAAAAGAAAAGGAGAAAAAAAAAAAGGAAGGAAGGAAACCACCUCUACAUAUUAUGGAAAGAAAAUAUUUUUGUCAAUUCUUAUUCUUUUAUAAUUAUGCGUGUAAGAAGUAGACUCAUUAAACAAUCCCAGAUGGGACACUGCCGCCUG